GAGCGCUUCACUGCCUCAGUCGCAUUCAAGCUUUUCAGCUGUACCUAAUUUCUGUCUAGUGAGCAGUAGUGUACGACCACAUCAGACAACAUGUGUGACGACGAUGUUGCGGCUCUUGUCGUUGACAACGGUUCCGGUAUGUGCAAGGCCGGUUUCGCCGGAGACGACGCUCCCCGCGCCGUCUUUCCCUCAAUCGUCGGUCGCCCCAGGCAUCAGGGAGUGAUGGUCGGUAUGGGUCAAAAGGACUCCUACGUCGGCGACGAAGCCCAGAGCAAAAGAGGUAUCCUCACUUUGAAAUACCCCAUCGAACACGGUAUCAUCACCAACUGGGAUGACAUGGAAAAGAUCUGGCACCACACCUUCUACAACGAACUCCGUGUCGCCCCAGAAGAACACCCAGUCCUUCUUACUGAAGCUCCCCUUAACCCCAAGGCCAACAGAGAAAAGAUGACCCAGAUCAUGUUUGAAACCUUCAACACCCCCGCUAUGUAUGUCGCCAUCCAGGCUGUACUCUCCCUGUACGCUUCCGGUCGUACCACUGGUAUCGUCUUGGACUCCGGAGAUGGUGUCACCCACACCGUACCCAUCUACGAAGGUUACGCCUUGCCCCACGCCAUCCUCCGUUUGGACUUGGCUGGUCGCGACUUGACCGACUACCUCAUGAAGAUCUUGACCGAAAGAGGUUACUCAUUCACCACCACCGCUGAAAGGGAAAUCGUACGUGACAUCAAGGAAAAACUCUGCUAUGUCGCCCUGGACUUCGAACAGGAAAUGGCCACCGCCGCUGCCUCAACCUCCCUCGAAAAGAGCUACGAAUUGCCUGAUGGACAGGUCAUCACCAUCGGUAACGAAAGAUUCCGUUGCCCUGAAGCCCUCUUCCAACCUUCCUUCUUGGGUAUGGAAUCUUGCGGUAUCCACGAAACCGUCUACAACUCCAUCAUGAAGUGCGACGUUGACAUCCGUAAGGACUUGUACGCCAACACCGUCCUCUCCGGUGGUACCACCAUGUACCCCGGUAUCGCCGACAGGAUGCAAAAGGAAAUCACCGCCCUCGCUCCCUCAACCAUCAAGAUCAAGAUCAUCGCUCCCCCAGAAAGGAAAUACUCCGUAUGGAUCGGAGGAUCCAUCUUGGCCUCCCUCUCCACCUUCCAACAGAUGUGGAUCUCCAAACAGGAAUACGACGAAUCCGGCCCUGGCAUCGUCCACCGCAAGUGCUUCUAAGCGCCUUCCAGCUGCUGCAUUUUAUUUACCAUUACCUAUACAAUCAUCAUCGACAUAUGUUGUGCGACGCUGCAUUCCAACAAGCAGUACCGAGAAAAUGCGACCGUGGUUAUACUGCCAGACAGACUUUUUAUUUUACUUUUACAAGAACACCUUGUAUAUAUCUUAUUUAACAUCUUAUAUUAUAUUUUACAGUUUUAUUUGUUAAUAUUUAAUGUAACUUAAUUAUUUUAUUACUUAGGCAGGUCAAUAAAAACCUAUCUAUAUAAUAAAACACACCUGCCUUUUGA